AUGUCCUUCCCACAGCAUACUCCUCAGCGUGCAACAGCCUCCCAGUGGGUCCUCGUCCCGCUCGCUGCAAUAGCCCUCGGUCUCAGGAUAUACUGCAAGUGCACCCGGUCACGCGGGGUCUGGAUUGACGAUCAUGUGUUGGUCUUUGCAUGGGUCUGUCUUCUCAUCGCCGUUUCACUUCGGACCGACGCCAUGGCCGUUGCCUCUGGCAGGGCUGUAUUCGAAGUCGAGCCAAGCAUCCAGCCGCGAAUAGGCAAGCUGAAUGCCAUCAGCGGCGUGUUCGCCAUUGGCGCCGCAAUGCUGAGCAAGACAUCGUUUGCCCUGACGCUGCUGCGGGUGCUGUUUGGUAGGCUGAGGCCAUUGCUCUGGUUCAUUGUCGUGUCCAUGAACGUGGCGCUCUUCUUAUCCGUCCUCUUCGUCCUCAUUCAGUGCAAACCCGUCGAGAAGGGGUGGAACCCGACAAUCCCCGGUUCAUGCUGGCCCGCGUCUGUUGCGGUGCGUUUUGGGUUGUUUUCCUCCAUAUACUCCACUGUCAUGGACUUUGUCCUAGCUGGCAUUGCAUGGCGAGUAAUCUGGGGCCUAACGAUGAAGCUCCGCGAGAAGAUUGGAGUUGCCGUGGGGAUGAGCAUGGGCGUCUUUGCAGGAAUCACUGGCGUGGUCAAGUGCAUUUAUCUAUCCAGGCUGGACUUCUGUAAGUCACUUUUCGAGCUUUACAUUUGGGAGGCAGCAGAGAUUGCCGUGACCAUCAUGGCCGCUUCCGUUCCCGUUCUCAGAGUGUUUGUCGUGGAAAAGGCUCGCCACGGGCCCCGACAGCACACACGCUCCCCGGCGGGCAGUGGGCGCUGGUGCCGCAGUCGAGCAGGCCUGAGCAGGACGUCUGCCCGUCGACGCGAAAACCCGUGCCGCCCGUGA